AUGCCCCGGUCAAGGAACACUGGGGCCUCGUGUGCCCCGCCUGAAGACUUGAGCCACUGCGCCAGGCCCAGGAGGGGCAACCAAAGGGGCCACCCCGCCAACAGAACGACAGAGGCACCCUCAGCAAACAUGAGUGAGCAAGAACGGAGUCCCGGGGCUUCACUGGCACCUGAUGAUGCUCUCCUGUUGCCUUUCCGCAUCAACACCUCAGGUCUCAGCUUAACCCAGUUCAUACUGGGAUAUCUGUCAUGGCUCACCUGCCUGGCCUGCUUCCUAAGGACUCAGGCUCAGCAAGUUCUACUUAACACCUGCAGGUGCAAGUUGCUCUGUCAGAAACUCAUGGAGAAGAUGGGCCUCCUGAUCCUCUGUGCUUUUGGCUUCUGGAUGUUUUCCAUGCAUUUACCAUCAAAAAUGGAAGUCUGGCAGGAUGACAGCAUCAACGGCCCACUGCAGAGCCUGAGGAUGUACCAGGAGAAAGUACGACAUCACACUGGGGAAAUCCAGGACCUACGAGGAAGCAUGAACCUGCUCAUUGCCAAACUCCAGGAGAUGCAAGCCAUGUCUGAUAAGCAAAAAAUGGCCCAGAAAAUAAUGAAGAUGAUACAUGGUGAUUACAUUGAAAAGCCAGACUUUGCCCUGAAGUCCAUAGGGGCCAGCAUCGACUUCGAGCACACGUCAGCCACAUACAACCACGACAAGGCUCGCUCCUACUGGAACUGGAUUCGGCUGUGGAACUACGCGCAGCCCCCGGACGUGAUCCUUGAGCCCAAUGUGACACCUGGCAACUGCUGGGCCUUCGCCGGUGACCGUGGCCAGGUGACCAUCCGUUUGGCCCAGAAAGUCUACCUCUCCAACAUUACACUGCAGCACAUCCCCAAGACCAUCUCACUGUCGGGCAGCCUGGAUACCGCGCCAAAGGACUUUGUCAUCUAUGGAAUGGAGAGCCCCCCCAGGGAAGAAGUGUUCCUGGGGGCAUUCCAGUUUCAGCCAGAAAACACGAUCCAGAUGUUCCCACUCCAGAACCAGCCACCCAGGGGCUUUGCUGCUGUCAAAGUGAAGAUCUCCAGCAACUGGGGGAACCCUCGCUUCACUUGCCUGUACCGUGUGCGUGUGCACGGCUCUGUCACGCCUCCCAGAGACUCGAACCUAGAAUCCCUGUCCUAG